AAUGGAGCAUCCUUUGUGUUUUUUGUUUUGUAUGUCCGUCUCUCGUGGCCAGGCAUGGGCAAUGAUGGAAUUGCGAAGGGAGCAGAAAGGAGGCGUGGUACGCGCAAGGGAACUACUGAAGCAAGCGGUGACGGCGGACCCAAGUCACGCACCAGCAUGGCAGGCGUGGGGACGGCUUGAGCAGCAGCAAGGAAACAUCAGGAAAGCGCGGCAGCUUUUUGCCAAGGCCACGUCCGCAGAUCCAUCCCAUGCUCCAAGCUGGCAGGCAUGGGCUUUGCUUGAAUCGAGCUAUGGAGAUGUAGCGGAAUCACAAAGACUAUUUUCAAAGGCCACAACUGUCUGCUCCGAUCACGUUCAGUCUUGGGUGGCUUGGGCAUUGUUCGAAUGGAGGGUGGGCAAUUUUGAACGAGCAAGGGAAUUAUUUUCCAAGGGGGCAGGAGUCCGGAAAAGGCCUUCUUCGUCACUGUUGCAGGCUUGGGGUACUAUGGAGGAGAAACUAUCAAACUUUGAAAGGGCAAGGGAGCUAUAUGGGAGGGCUGUUGGACUGAACCCAAAGCAGGCACGGGGCUGGUUGCAAUGGGGCCGGCUUGAGAGAGCCCAAGGGAAUAUUUCAGAAGCAAGGAGAUUAUUCGUCAAGGGACUGAAAGAGUGUCCGGGUAAUAAACACUUGAGCCAUGCCCUGGCCUUGCUAGAGAAGGACCAUGGUGAUCGUGAAGUAGCAAGGAGCAUUCUCCUGAGCGCUCUUGAGAGAGAUGCCGAAAAUCCAUAUAUGUGGAAGGCACUAGGGGAUUUAGAAAGGACGAUGGGACGAAGAGAUGAAGCUCAGCUGUGUUUCACAAGAGGUGUUUACCGACGAGGCAAUGCACAAAUGGCUAGCGCUCAGUGUUUGGUGGGGUUGGCGGACCUCGAUGCAAUGCAGGCGAAAGUCGAGGCAGGGAGAGAGAAAUUUCGCCUAGCAUCUCAGUUUUCUCCGCAUGAUGCGAAGCUUUUGAGAGCAUGGGCGUUGUUCGAGAAGCAGCACGGUGCUGCUGCGGAAGCCUCCGAGUUGUUUCGACAAAGUGCUAAAACGGACUCCACCGAUUCGAGGACGUGGCUUUUGUGGGGGUUGUGGGAGACAUCCCAGGGGGAUGCCGACACGGCACGGGCAGUGUUUAACAGGGCAUUGGAGUUUUGCCCACGGUGUUCGUUUUUAUACCUGGCAUGGGGAUUGAUGGAGAAGAGAGAGGGGAUGAUAGAGAAUGCUCGCCGGAUCUUCAAGGAGGGUGUUGAGGCGUGCCCUAGUUAUGGGCCUCUGUGGCUGGAAUGGGGGAUGCUUGAAACUAUAAGCCCAAGUGCGGAUGAAUCUUGUCAAAGGGAGCUCGUUCCAGGAGCUCGGGGGGCAAACCGAGGGCUUCGGGAACCGAGUGCAAGAGGAGCGUCACCGAUAACUCUCGAGACGAACAGCAAUCUUGUGAGCAGAAUGGAGACAGUGGUUUUGCAGUCGCAGAGCGGGGAAGCGGAGGAAAGAGAAGACUAUGAAGAUCACAGUGCAGAUGCACAACUUGUUGGAGCGGAUGGGGAAGAGCGAACGGAAGGGGAAGGGACGACAUGGAGAACGGGCUUGACUUCGGCAGACGGGCAACCGCGGUUAAUUCCAGAAGGGUACGGGAUAUCCGAUAGCAGCGGGGAAGAGGACGCGCCAGCAGCCAAAUCUGUGCCCAACCGUUCUGCAUCCCGUUCGAAGAACAUAGGCGUGGAGAAAGCAGUAGCAGUUGUUGAGGAGGGGUUGGCAAGCUUCAUUGCUGCUAGUGACAGUGAUGUAAUCCCCAGCGAGGCAUCGUCAGUCGCUCAGAAUGUGGUACCCGAGGUGCGGUCUGACAAGGAGAUCGGUACUCCUGCAGAAAAUGGGACAGGUUCAGGGACUGCUCUUGGGGAGAAGGAAGGCCGGCGGCGAGAAUGGUCAGUCGCUCAGAAUGUGGUGCCCGAGGUGCGGUCUGGUGAGGAGAUUGGUACUCCUGCAGAAAAUGGGAUCAGUUCUGGGUCUGAAAACGACUCCGGCUGUCUAACAGGAUCACGGACCGCCCUUGGAGAGAGGGAAGGCCGACGGCAAGAAGCGCGGAGUGAGCUCGGUGCUCGGUUGAGGGAAUUCCACACUGCCGCCCACGAGGACGGCGAACAUUUGCAAAACAAUGAUCGGGGCAGCAUCGACGAGCAUAGGGUCAAAGACUUGGACGAGUCCAUGACGCAAAGGGGACUGUCGAUGUCAAGGAGCGAUGGGAAGGAAGUAACAGUUUGCGGGACGGACGGAAGCGCGAUGGGUGCCUUUGAAGUGACCGAUGACAAGAGAGUUCCAUGCGGGGACUAUCAAUUUGAUGAAGUCCUGACAAGCGACAGACGGGGGUCUCCAUCAAGCGCAGGAGAGGAGGCUGCCCGCCGAUCGCGGUCGCGGAGCAGCAUGGGGUCUACUGACAGAAGGUUGUCAUCGCCUUUGAGGCAAGGGACAGGGGUAAACAACAAAAGUGGGCGAGCACAACGAGCGCUGACCCUCGCAGCAGCACGACAUGUGUUCUCCUCAGGGGUGCGCGUGGCGCAGCCCUUCCGCCCGCUGUUGCUGGUGUGGGCUCUGCUAGAAGAAGAAGCUGGGGACAUGCAGAAGGCACAAGAGUUGAGAGAGAAGGCGCGGCUUGUGGGGAACUCAACUGUUGUCCCUAGGGCAAUCUUGCGAUCUUUUUCUCAUAAGCGCAAGGAGACUGGGAUUGUCGGUUUUUGAUAAUCUACUGGGAUGAGAUUUUUUUAUUUUAUUUUUUACCCCGGGGGGGGGGGRGGGAGGGGAUCAGAGUGUGCCCUUUAGCGAUG